UCAUUACUAUUACUAUAAAUAAUAAAAAAUUUAUAUAUCAAAAAUCAACAAAACCAUUUUAUCUUAGAAACAUAAAAACAAGACCGAUCGGUUCCUCAAUUAUUGUUAUUAAGAUAAAUUUGGAGAGUGGUAAUAUUUAUAUAUAUAUAUAUAUAAUUAUAUAUAAAUAUCUAUAUCUACAGUUGAUAGGAUGGAUGUAGCUGCGGAUCAUGUUGACUCUGCCAAAAUUUGCAGUCACUGUGACAGAGCUAUUCCUUCUUCAAAUAUUGAUCUGCAUUAUGCUCACUGCUCACGUAACUUAGAGAAGUGUAAAAUUUGUGGUGAUAUGGUGCCCAGAAAGCAUGCAGAUGAACAUUACUCAAGCACCCAUGCUCCGGUAACCUGUUCACUGUGCAAUGAGCUGAUGGAACGUGAAAUUCUACCUGUGCAUAAAGGUGAAAAAUGUCCGAAAAGAAUUGUAACGUGUGAUUAUUGUGAUUUUCCUUUGCCUGCCAUCGACCUAUUUGAGCAUCAGGAAGUUUGUGGAAAUAGGACAGAGCUAUGUCAUCUCUGUAACAGAUAUAUUAGACUCCGAGAGAUCUCUGCCCAUGAAGUCACAUGUAACGGUGUUCCUGCUGAAGUUCCCAGGGCAAUACGGGAAGCUGAAAGAGACCGGGCAGCUAGAAGGCCGCCACCACAAGACUUCUCCACACGCCGGCUUUUAUUCACUAUAGCCAUAACUGGACUUGCCAUUUUUCUUGGAUCACUUCUUUUCCAGAGAAAAUCAAACAUCAGUCAACUUAACUAAAAAGUCAAAAGUCAACCUGGAGACCAAUAGAAGUCUCGUGUGUUAAACAUGUUUGACUAUAAUUUCAUAUGACAUCAUCCCAGACAUUACUGGUGAUCAUUCUGUUUUAUUUCGUGUAUAUUGACGUCCAAUGAAAAUACUUUGCAGUUUGCACUCCUUGUAAGAAUAUAUUCUCUGUUUACUUCAUACCCAAAAAUCAAUAAAAUCUAGUGUAAUUAUGAGUUCA